AUGCCGUUCUUUGAGCUCGGUGAAGUCAGACUCCCCACAGACGACGAUUUUGAAUACUUCAAGUCCAUGGUUCUGGACACAAGCCAGUGGAAGAAACAUCAUAGCAAAAAGAAGGUGCAAGUCUUCACGCGGUCCACAAGCGUUUCUAGCUUCAAAAUGAUCAAGAAUUCUGUCACCUUUGGAAAUCAGGUUAUUGCCUCUUUACCAGAUGUUUCAGCCGACGUGAUGUAUGAUACCCUGCAUGAUUCGAUUUACCGUGGAUCUUGGGAUAAGACGAUGAAAGAAGGACAUGAAAUUUGCCGGAUCAGCCCAAACAGUGUGAUUGAUUACCAUGCCAGUAACUUACACCUUUUUCCCUUUAAUCCCGUGUUUCCCUCCUUUCUUAGUCAAAGCCCCUUUCGCGUUUGCCAACCGCGACUUUGUGAUGAAUCGUAUAUGGCGAAUUUCCGGCGACGAGUUUAUUAUUCUCAAUCGCUCCGUGUUUCACAAACCCCUCCAAAGAAAGAAUACAUCCGAGGGAUUUGCUUCCUCACUGGUUAUCUGAUAAGGAGAACAGGACCGCGCUCAUGUGACUUCUAUUAUAUCACCCAGAAUGAUCCUCGAGGUAUCAUUCCAGCUUGGGCUAUCAAUCUUGGUACGAAAUCCCUCGCGCCGAGUAUUAUGAGGUCUCUUCACCGAGCCGCUUUGAACUAUCCUGCGUGGAAAGACCAGCAUGAUCCGGACUUCAUGCCAUGGCGGUACACGAACCAGCAGUCCGGCCUAAGUCCCCCGCUCGAUAUGAACGAUAUUCUCAAGGAACCGGACUUCUGCCGCACGGAAAUCGACGAAAGUAACGUCAGUGAGGCAGCAGCUUUGAAAGAGGUCGCAGCUGAACAAACAAAUGAUUCCGGAGACGACAUGCUAAACGACGAAUGACUUUGUUUUAUCUGUUUUUCUCAACUGUGUGCACGGGUCGGAUUUCGGUCAUCAUUCCGUUCUUCCAUUCCUUUAAGUGCCUUCUCUCUCUCUGCAUAUCAUUCAUUUUUAUUGUCCGAGAGAAACUGUUUGGAUCUAGCUGUUUUGAUCACGGUUUGACACUUUUUCAGGCUAUUUUUCGUUAAUAUUUCAUUGACUGGUCAGCUACAGGGAUAGAUUUCUUAAUAAAUUUGGUUUGCCUUUGCUGUU